GUGCGAACUCGUUUCGUCAAAGCGGGGAGCGAUGAGCAGUGCUGGUGUGGCCGCUUUGAGGACGAGGACAGUGGGAUUGGUGGCCUGCUGAUCGACGACACCUACUGAUGCAAUCGACAGGCGACGGGACGACGAUGAUUGGCCCGCCACAAAGGUCAUGGGUCGACAAGUUUAGGACGAUCAUCGACGACAAUCACAUCAGUCCAACAGUCCAGCAUAACGAGAGGGGUGGCGAAGAUGAACGUCGGGGGCCAUGACAUGCCCGUGUACGGCGAUGGCAGGGGGGACAAAGAUUGCACGGCAGACGACGGCGACAAUGACAACUGGGACGACGAUGACGGCGCGAUGGAGAUUUGUCCGCUUGGGAGGAAGCGGCGAGGUACUCGGGCCACAAACAAGUCCACGGAACCGCGUGCGGGGCGGAAAGGCAAGAAGGUUGUGGAUGAUACGUCCAUAGGCGACAGAGGGAAAAGCAGGGAUUUUUGGACCGUCGAUCAUAUGAUCGCUCUGGUCCGGGCGAAAAGAGAUCAAGAUCUGCAUCUCGUCGGGCUGGGGCACAACUAUGGACAGAUGAAGUCGAGGACGUGGAAGUGGGAUGACGUUGAGAAGAGGCUAGUGAAGGCGGGGGUGACUACUACGAAGGCCGAGAAAUGCAGGGAAAAAUGGGACAACCUAUACCAGCAGUUCGAAUCCGUGCACAGAUUCAUGGGACAAUCUGGGAAGCAAAAUUUCUUUACACUAACGCUGACAGAGAGGAAGGAGAAAGGGUUCGACUUUCGAAUGGAUGAGCGUGUGUAUUCGGAGAUGAACGUGAUGUCGAAGGCCGAUCACACUAUUCACCCAACAAAUCUCGCAGACACGGGUACGGUUGGAGGGGUUCAGAUGGUCGGGCCAGGUGGCGGACGGAACGAAUCAGUGGCCAGCGACGGAUGUCGGAACGGACAGGACGACGAUCAGAGAUCGACGAGGGAUUCGUCGUUCAGCAACGGUAGUGCAGGCGGGGGCGACAAAAGGAAGAAUGCCAUACAGUUGACCUUCAAUGUGAUCGCCGACGUCAUGGAUAAGCACGGGAAGCUAAUGGCGACGACGGUGGACAGCGCGGCAAGAGGCAGUGUUCAGUUCUAACGAGGCAAUGCGACAUUCUCGAGCGAGAGGUGCAGGGGUGAAGGAGCACUGCGAGAACGU